AUGGCCAGGGCCCAGCAGCUGCGGGCGGAGAGCGACUUCGAGCAGCUCCCUGACGACGUGGCCGUCUCCGCCAACAUCGCCGACAUCGAGGAGAAGCGGGGCUUCACCAGCUACUUUGUCUUCGUCAUCGAGGUGAAAACGAAGGGGGGAUCCAAGUACCUCAUCUACCGCCGCUACCGCCAGUUCCACGCCUUACAGAGCAAGCUGGAGGAGCGCUACGGGCCCGAGAGCAAGACCAGCCCCCUCACCUGCAGCCUGCCCUCCCUCCCAGCCAAAGUCUACAUGGGCGUGAAGCAGGAGAUCGCCGAGAUGCGGAUCCCCGCCCUCAACGCAUACAUGAAGAGCCUCCUCAGCCUGCCCAUCUGGGUGCUGAUGGACGAGGACGUCCGCAUCUUCUUCUAUCAGUCGCCCUACGACUCCGAGCAGGUGCCCCAGGCGCUCCGCCGGCUCCGGCCACGCACCCGGAAGGUCAAGAGCGAGUCCCCGAAAGGCGCCGGCUUGGACCGCUUGGCAGCUCCGAGAGCAGAGGCCCUGUUUGACUUCACGGGGAACAGCAAGCUGGAGCUGAAUUUCAAAGCUGGAGAUGUGAUCUUCCUUCUCAGCCGGAUCAACAAAGACUGGCUGGAGGGCUCGGUCCGCGGAGCCACGGGCAUCUUCCCACGGUCCUUCGUGAAGAUCCUCAAGGACUUCCCCGAGGAAGACGACCCCACCAACUGGCUGCGCUGCUAUUACUAUGAGGACACCAUCAGCACCAUCAAGGACAUCGCGGUGGAGGAAGACCUCAAUAGCACCCCGCUCUUCAAGGAGCUGUUGAAGCUCAUGAGGCAGGAGUUCCAGAGGGAGGACAUCAGCCUAAACUACCGGGACGCCGACGGGGACCUGGUGCGGCUGCUCUCGGACGAGGACGUGAGGCUCAUGGUGAAGCAGGCCCAGGCGCUCCCCUCCCAGAAGCGCCUCUUCCCCUGGAAGCUGCACAUCACGCAGGAGGCCGACUACAAGGUCUACAACACGGCCCCCUGA